CUUUGAUGGGUAGUUGAACCGCGAGUGGAAUAUCGGCUUGAUGGCGGACCGUCGGUCUGCGAAAAAGUGAGAAAAAUCGAGUUAAAAGUGUUUUGUGCUGUGCCAAAAGGCACCCAAUCUAUGCCCAAAUCCUUCGUGGAUUCCACGGUGAGCGGCGAUUUGGCGUGAAAACUGCAGAAAAAAAAAUGGUCAUCUCCAAGGACGCCAAGAGAAAGAGGAAGGACACAGCGGCACCCAAGUCGCCCUCAGAGACACCCAAAAGAACAAAGGUUCAUGCACAGCGGAAAUUUGCUCAAGGACAGGGCAAUACUUCGUCAUCUUUUUCCCUGGCCACCCCUCCACCCGGAACGGCUCCCGGCAAAGAUGCCCCUGCUGUUCCGGAAACACCCCCAGAGCCGAUAAUGGCCAAAAAACCCCGCGCAGCGGACUUUGUGACGUAUUUGUGCUAUUCCCGGACUCCAAUUCUGUCACAGCAAUUGGAGAUUCUCACAAAGGGUAAAACAGCUGCGACCCCGGCUACUCAGGGCAGUUCGACUGAGACUGUGGUGAAGGAUGUGGAGGCUGGAACCUCCACCAGUAAGGAUGAUGGUGGAAAGAAGGGUAAGAAGGUGACGGAGACUUCGACAAAGCCUGAUUUUAUUCCAUUUGGCGUGCGCAAAAGGGCUGAGCAGGUGCCGGAUAAGAAGCAAAAGACAGUGGAGGCUCUGAGGAAGAAGUAUCAUGAUCAGAGAGUGGCUAAAUUGAAGUCCAAAGGAGGUUUUCCAGCAAUGUCAUCGUCAAUUAGAACAAGAUCCAAUGUGACGAAGAAUCCUCCGAAGGAAGAUGAAAAUGAGGAAAAAGCUGACAAGGCGGAAAAGGCUGACAAGGCAGAAAAGGCCGAGAAGGCUGAGAAAAAGGAAGAGAUUAAAGGAAAUGCGGGAAAGAGGAAGAUUUCGACGAGGAGUUCAGGGAGUCAGAAGGAUUCAAAUGGGAUGAAAUUGAUGGAUGUUAAGGUGAUUGUGAAGAAGGAGAUAGUUGAGAAGAAAUUGGCUGAACAGAAGGAUCAGGAGGUGAAGAGUGCAAGAGUCACCAGACAAAUGGUCAUUAGGAAUCCCUCAAUGGCUAUCAAAGAGGUUAAGAGUGACGAUGAAGAAGCUGCUGGUCAGGAGGAGGAUGAUUUUUCGUCGGAUGACGAGAAACCUCUGGUGAAUUCACUGGAAAAGCCCACUAAGAAGGGAAAGCAGCCCAAAGUGACCAAGGAGGAUGCAAAAAAGCCCAAGGAUCUAGUCAAGAAGGAGUUACCGCCCAAGAAGACUCAAGCUAAGAAGGUCCCUGAGAAGCGUAAGAAGGUGGAGAAGAAAGUGGAAAAGCCACCGCCAGAGAGUGAAGAAGAGAGUCAGGUGUCGGAAAAGGUGGUGAAGCCGGCUAAAAAUAAGAUUUCCAAGAAGGAAUUGGAAAAUCUUUCUCAGACAGCCACGGAAGGCAGUGAAAAUGACACCAAAGCUACAAGACCUACACGAAAGACCAAGGAGGCUGCCACAAUCUACAUGGAAUUGAUUGGGAGGAAGCUGAAUCUCAAGGAAUCCGAUGAUGAGGCCAAUGAAUCCCUGGACAGUUAUCCGGAAUUGCCGAAUGUCCGGAAAACUGAACAGAUGGAGAAUGAAUUGAAGCAGAAUGUUGGGAAGAAUAAAUCGCAAUCGCCAGAAAAAGUAUCUCCAGUCCGGAAGCCACCACCACCACCGCCACCGCAACGUCCGGAAGACACUCCAAAUCCGGCUGAAAAGAGGAAGCGUCCUGAGGCCAAAGGGACCAAAAAUCCAGCUAAAAAAUCACCAACGGCUGUCAAGGAAUUGGAAAAGAGUUUCUCGGAUUCCGAUGAGGAACCUCUGGCCGUGAAGAUUGUCAAAAAGAAACGUCCCAGUCCGGAGAAGAAGAAACAGUUGUUCAAGGAAGAAGAUCUAGCAGUUUUUUCACCCACAAGAGUUACACUUUUGCCCGAAGAUCAACCAUCGCCAAUUCCUGAAUGUGAAAUCCCAAAGAUUUCUCCGAAAAAUGACACAACUGAUGACAUCCUCAAUCUCUCCUUCACAACAUUCAAGUCUCCAGCAUCACCGGCCAAAUCCCUUCCUGUUACACCGGAUGUCACCAAAACGACGACCGUAUCGGAUUUGGAUCAGAGCUUCGUGAAGCCCCUGACACUGCUUAAGCCGAAGCAGGAGGUGCAGUUGAUUCAGAAGACACUGGAUCAGGAUUCGAGGAAAUUUGAUCCACUUCCACCCAAAAAGGCCAUUACAGCUAGUUUGGCUAGUGCUCAGGGUACCAGCAAGACAUCUCCUCAGGCUAUAGCCAGCCUGAUGAAUCCGUUGCCGAGCAAGGAGGAAUCAGGAAAGAUUUUUGGGAUUGCCAGUGUGAGUCUGGCCCAGAGUUCCGGACCUCAGGACACCAAGUGCACCCUGGGAAAGUGUGGAUCGGUUCAUAAGCCACCACUGGGACCGGCUGUGCCCACGGAGGCUCUUCUGGGGGAUUCAGGCGCCAAUCGCGAGCGACGCAAAUCAAAGGUGAAUAUGUCGCAUGAGCAAAUCCAGAAGUGGUUGAUUGAGUGUAGCAAAGCACCUCAUCAGGAAGAGAUUCACGAUGAUCUCUCCGAUGAGGAUUUAAUGACGCCUCCGAAGCCAAUAUCUUACCUGUUGACAUCGUCACCGUAUCGCGACUUGGCUGAUGAAAGUACAUCUUCGGGGCAGGGAAUGAAGUUGGGUGGGAAGGUUAAGGAGGAGAGAAGUAGUUCAUCGACCACAGGGAAGUCAACAUCGGCUACCAAGGGACCAACAUUGAAGGCAACACCAGUGUUUUCGACUACUCCAAAAGAGGAAACAACAUCCAAGGAACCUUUGAAUUUUUCAUCAAUUAAACUGGAAGAUAAGAAAGAUGGUGGUCCAGUGCGCGCAAAGACGACUCCCAUACGUCCAGUAAAAGAGAUUGAGAGCAAGAAAGUUCCCACUCCUCCUCUCAAGACGCCAGUAACUCCUGCAAAGGCAAAAUCCACUCCUAAAUCUGCAAAAUCAAGCAAAUCAACUGCAGUUCCCAAUCCCAAACCGGCUGAUCGGAAGCCUAUUUACAAUCGGAAGACACCUCUCUAUAGCCCAAAAGUCCCAGAAACUAGCAAAACUAAGCAAGUUGUCAACACAUUUGGGGCUUUUUCGCCGGAAAAUGAGCAUUCGGUGUAUUCCUUUGACAAGGAAGAUGAUGCAAUUCCUGUAGCGACUCCCUUCAGGCGACACACACGUCGGGAAUCCAAUAAUUCCCGCGCUGAUGAUGCUCAGAAUUUAGAGAAGAGUAAGGAAAGUGUGAAAAAGGAUGCAGAAACAUCAUUCCAAAAACCUUCUCCGGUUAUCACGCAAACUCCCAAGGAGACUCUCAAAGAGAUCCCAAAGGAACAAUCGCAGGUUUCACUGACCUUGAGUCCGGAGGAAAAUAACAAAUCCGCCUCCAUCGCUGUCCAGGUGAGCCUGGAUACUGAUACAUCACCCACGAGGGCUACAAAUGAGAAGCAAACGAGCACAGUUGAUGGCAAUGACUCUGAUUCCGAAGGGCACACCUUCUACAUUCCACUCCAGGGAACUGGGAAUUUGGGUGGGAAGGGUGAUCAGGUGAUUCAGGGCGUAGCCGUAAAAUUGGGCACAGAGGGACCUGAUGGCCCCAAUCAGAGGGUUAUAAUGAGGGCAAAAUUGGUGACAAAGGCCCAAAUGGGCACCAAUCCAACUCCAAUUCCCGAAUCCCUGGCAAAUGCUCAGCAGGAUAUUAUGAAGAGUUUGCUGGCAAAUAAGGAGAUUUGUUCGAAAUCUGUGCCAAUUGGAACUGUUCAGCCGAGAUUUAAGUCUGCAGAGACACCUACAACAUCACGAGCUUCAGUAUCUAGGGAUCCUCCUCCAGCUCAAUCGGCUGCUUCAUCUUCUCGAGCUCCGAGUCACUCAAGCUUAACUAGGGUCAAUUCCAAUUCAUCUUUAGUUUCGCAGAAAUCCAGAAAGUCCGGAAAGGUGAAACCCAGUGAAUGGCAAGGAACUAUAAAUCCUAGCAAUAACACUGCUUUUCCACGGACUGAUGAUACAGCUCAAAUGGUUGAAGCUCCGGUAUUUUCGCCAACAGAGAAAGAAUUUCAAGAUCCCAUUGAAUUUAUUGAUCGUAUUGCACCAAUUGCAGCUAGAUUUGGUCUCUGCAGAAUCAUUCCACCGGCCAGUUUUAAGCCAGAAUGUCGAGUAUCUGAUGAUAUGCGUUUUACAGCUUACAAUCAGUAUGUGCAUAAGAUGCUCCAUCGAUGGGGACCCAGUGCUAAGGAAUUGAGUGCCAUUAAAAAGUAUUUGGCUACACAAAGCAUCACAUUGACCCAUCCACCGUGGAUUGGGGGUAUGGAGGUGGAUCUGCCUAGGCUAUAUCACACAGUUCAGGAGCUUGGGGGACUCAAGGAGGUGAUCGAGAAGAAGAAGUGGGCUCGAGUGGCUGAGGAGAUGUGUAUCCCAAAGUCAGCUCAAGAUAGAGUGACAAAAUUAGAUGAUAUCUAUUGCAAAUAUCUCCUGCCAUAUGAUACACUAUCACCGGCAGAGAGACAAAAGUUAUUUGACGAAGUGGAAGCUGAUUGGGCCAAGAGAGAGGCAAAGGCCAGGCGGAAUGCUGACAGAUGUGUGACUACUGCUCCACAGCGUGAGCCAGAUGGGGAUAAUGAAGAUGAAGAUGAGGAUGAGAGUGAUGAUGAGGCCGAUGGAGCAAUGGAGUGCAUUGAAAAGGGACGAAGUAUGCCCUUGAAUGCAUUCUUUAGAAUUGCUCGGAAUACAAUGGCUCUGUGGUUUAAGAAUACUGAACCGACUCCGUCUGAUGUUGAGGCGGAAUUUUGGCGACAUGUAGCCGUGCGCGAUAGUCAUGUAUGUGUGCAUUCGGGUUCCAUUGAUUCGUCAGGAUGGGGAUACGGGUUUCCGGCUCCGGGAGCCAAAACCAAGGCAUCCCCCUGUGCCAGACAUCCGUGGAACCUGAAAGUACUGACUAACAAUAGUGGCUCGAUCCUGAGAUCUCUGGGACCCGUUAUGGGUGUCACAGUGCCCACUCUGCAUGUGGGCAUGCUCUUUAGCGCAUGCUGUUGGUACAGAGAUCCUCAUGGAUUACCAUGGAUUGAGUAUCUGCAUACAGGAGCUCCCAAAGUUUGGUAUGGUGUUCCGGAUGAGCAAAGUGCCAAUUUCCGGACAGCUCUGACAUCUCUGGUACCCACACAUUGUCAAAAUAAGACUAUCUGGCUGCCAUGUGACACUGCAAUGGUGCCUCCUCAUAUGCUAACAGACAAGGGAGUAUCGUUGUGUCGUACUGAACAGCAGCCUGGCCAAUUUGUCGUGGUCUUCCCGCGGGCCUAUACUUCAAGUAUUGCAACGGGCUACGUUAUCUCUGAGAGUGUCUACUUUGCCACGCAUAAGUGGUUGGACUCCUCCCAUCAAGACUUCAAAGACAUCCAGGAGAGCUGUGAACCUACAAUGUUCUCCUUGGAACAGUUGGUCUUUGCAAUGGCUUCUGACCAGAGAAGCAAUGCUGAGACACUAGCACAGAUUCUACCAAUCCUGCAAGAUGUCUGCAAGAAGGAAGCGACAUUGCGACAGGAAUUGAAGGAUGCAGGUGUAGCUGCCACUGCAAAGUUCGCGUCGAAGACUAAGAAGAAUGCUGCUGAUGAGAAUGAAUGUGAUUUAUGUCGAGCGAAUUUGUUUGUGUCGCUGAUAAAGACGGAAGUGGAGGAGGAGGAAAUUACUUAUUGCCUCCAACAUGCUCUGAAAUUUAUUCAGGAUGGAGAAGUUGUGGCUAGACAGUGUACACUCCAUCUGCGCUAUACAAUUCCGGAGAUUGAGCAGUUGAUUGGGCGUCUGAAGGAACGCAUAGAGCAGGGUGGAUGUGGUGGAAGUUCAGUGGGAAGUCGCAAGUCCGGAGGAGGAGGAGGAGGAGGAGGAGCUGGGAAGAAAUCCACAGUAUCCGUAGGGAGCAAUUAAGGUGGAAUAAUGGUAGGGAUUUUCCUUUUGUCACCUGGCGAAGAAAUAUCCUCCACCAAGAUUUUCCUUUUUGUGAUAGUUUUUUCUACAUUUGGCAAUUUGCGUGGAUUUUCUGUGCAGUUUUAUAAUAAUAUUGUUUGUGAGAGAGAGAGAGAGUGUAAGUGGACUUUCUGCAAAGAAUCUCCAAAGUGGACACCUCAGAGUAUUCAAGAAAAAAAAAGAAAAAAAAAUUGUAAAUAAUAAAUUAAAAAAAAACAUUAAUUAAAAAUUAUUGUGUGAAAAAAUAUUUUAAGCGAGAAAAUGUGCAACAGAUGCCAUUUGUAUUUGGUAAGCAGUUGAAGGAGGAUAAAAUGCAUUUAUGUGCAAAAUUCAUAUAAACAAAAAUUAGCCAUUAAACGUUUUAAAAAUUAAAAAAAAUAUAUAUCAACUUCUGGAGCAAGAGUUUUCAGAGGGAAAAUUCCAGAGGAAAAUAUCCAGCAGAGUCUAUUAAGGUGGUAAAAACCUUUGAGUGUUUAUAGUCAUUCUAAUGGAUAGAUAUCUGUUUUGAGUCUAAUAAAAUGCUAAAUAAGUCA